CUUGGAGAAGACCGAUGUGAAUGAAGUGCAAGUUCUUUAGCUUGACCGAGACUCCUGAGGACUACACCAUCAUGCUAGAUGAAGAAGGCUUUAAAGAGCUGCCUCCAUCCGAGUUCAUGCAGGUGGUAGAUUCCACCUGGCUGGUGCUCAAUGUCUUAUCCAAUGGCAGAUCGUCUACCAGCUUCCAGGCUGCAGGAGUGACAAAGAUUGCCAAGUCAGUCAUUGCACCGCUGGCAGAGCACAAUGUCUCAGUGCUGAUGCUGUCUACCUACCAGACAGACUUCAUCUUGGUACGGGAAAAGGACCUGCCAGUAGUGAUCCAUACGCUGGCAGGAGAGUUUGAUAUUUACAAGGAAGUGAAUGGGGAGUCUAUUCCUGUUAACUGUGAUGAUGUGAGCAAUGGCUUCUUGAAGCCCAAGCCUGCUGCGAACCCCACCGUGCACCCUGUGCAGAGUCCUCAAAACAAGUUCUGCAUCCUGACCGUGGCUCCUGAUACCCUGCCAGCUAUUGCGACCACACUUAUGGAUGUCCUGUUCUAUUCACACAGCCCUCCAAAGGAAGCUGCCCCAGGCAGCCAAGAUUUCGACUCCAUCGCAUUCUUUGCCUUCUCGUUGAUUGAGGGCUACAUCUCUAUUGUUAUGGAUGCAGAAACGCAGAAGAAGUUCCCCAGAAACCUGCUGCUGACCAGCUCCACAGGCGAGCUCUGGAGGAUGGUGAGAAUUGGCGGGCAGCCUCUGGGCUUUGAUGAGUGUGGGAUCGUAGCUCAGAUUGCUGAGCCCCUGGCUGAUGCAGACAUAUCGGCCUAUUACAUCAGCACCUUUAACUUUGACCAUGCUUUGGUCCCAGAGGAAGGCAUUUGCAGUGUCAUUGAAGUGCUCCAGAAACGCCAGGAGAGUGGGAGAUAACUGGCAUGGUGUCUCCUCUGUCCUCUAACACCCAUCUGGAAAGAUGAGGGUGUAGCUCACUGCCUGACACAACACUGGGAUUGUCAAGCAUUCAUGGGAACGGAGAGAGAACACUCCACUCCCGUUUCACAGACAGCUGGCCUGGGCCUCUUGUUCAUCUUCCAGGCUUCUGGAGAGUGGGUUGAACUGCUGCACAUGGGGUCAGAAGGACAUGUCUCUUCAGGUGGAUGCCAAGAGGAGAGUUUUCUUGUCACUCUGCAAGAGUGUGAGCUCAAUUCUUCCCAGAGCAUCCCAUGAGCUAACUCCAAUUGUUUCCUCUUGCAGGUUCAGUAUUGCCUAAUUCAGCGCCCUUUCUAUCUCCACUCUCCCCACAUCCUGUCUUGAAACAGGGAGCAGAGUACAUGAUGCACUAUGAACUGGUACUAGAGAGAGAUCUUUUGCACACCCCUUGAUGAGUUCUCCCAGCUCACAGUUCAGUUGGGCACUCUCUUCUUUUUUUUUUUUUUUUUUUUUUCUUUCUUUAACUACUUUUGUAGCUAACUUCACAGCUGCUUUGAGCUUCCUAUAUUUAAUUUCUCCUGAUUUUUCUGAUGCCAGGUUCAGGCAUCUGCUUUUCCUAGGCUGGGUCUGCUUUUCCUAGACUAUAUCUAGUGGGCAUCUCAAGGUGGAUAUGGCCAAGGACAAAUGUUCUCUUUGAGUAGGAGGCAGUGGCUGAUGGCAUGAGGAGACAUGUUGGCCAUUGGGUUGGUGUGGAAAGGGAUGCUUGUGGUAGUCUCUCUAUGUGGUCAAGGGUGUGGAGAGAAAUGAGUUGCUCUGGGUCUUGUAGUGUUAAUGACCCUGAUGUUGAGAGCCUGGGAUAGACAUGCUGCCUCCAAUACAGAAUCCCAUGUGCAAAUUAAACUAAGGGGCUGAAGGUUCCUAAAUUGACCUUUUACUGUAGAAGUGCCUUCCCAGGCAAGGAGGGCCAGAAAGCUUGUUAGGACAGCUUCUUCCCUUUGUGGGCUAAGCUCCUCCAUGGCUUUAAAGCCAUUCUGGGGCUGGCUAGCUGCAGUUAAUGUUGCACUUUUAAAAAUUUUUUUCUGUAUUCCAAACAGUAAAUCCCCCAUCUUCAGCACUGGUGGUGAAGUGCCUGAUUGACAGGUGUGCUCUGGACUUCCCAAUUUGCCCUCAGGUGGGGUGUGUGCCAUGAGGAAAGUGCUAAACAAUCCCAUUUCCAAAGGAUCUUGGGUUGAUUUGCUGCCUAAUUCAGGGAAUGGGCAUUGCGUGAAGGGAGGAUGGUGGAAAUGUGCAAAGCUGCUGGUAGUGAAUGAUGGCAAGAAUUCCCUCGAUCGGAGCAGUGGUGCUGGGAAAGAAGCACGUGUUCAAGAGGUUUGUGUUGAAAUGGCCCAUGUUGUCUUUAGUAGUCAGGGUAGUAGCUGUAGCAACACUCAUGAUCUACAUAGAGGUAUCCAGGAGCUUAAUUGUUUUUAUCAUGUUGAUUUCAAGGGAUGGAGUAAUCCGGUCACCUUUGCCUGGAGCAAAAAGUCAGUAUUUCCCUUCUAAAUGGGGGUGCGCUGGGAGCCUGGAAUUCCAUCCUCUGGAAGCCAAGGUCUGUUACCCCUCCUUGUUUUUUGUGCCUUUUUUUCUACGGCCUUCUUAGGACUGGACCUUCUUGGGUCUCUUGCCUUUAGUGGAAUGCCCACAGCUAGGCCGGUAUCUUGUUGAAUACCAGAAAGGGUGGUAGGUUUCUGGUGUGUCACUGAGGGUCUGUCUCCUGGGUGGUGGCCACCCUGUUCAGCAUCAGGCUAGGGAAGCUGCUUCUAGGUGAAUGGGUGAUGCUCGUCUCUCUAGAGCCUGUAUAAACAAUGUAAAGGAGUGACACUGCCCCUCAAGUUCAUAGGAAAAGACUUCCAUGAAACACUCCUGUGCUAAUUUCCCUCUUCAGUGUAGCUGUUUUUUACAGGAAAUAGAUUCAUCAUUCAUCAGUGACUUAAAAAGCUGGAAGAAUCUGGUUUUCUUGGAUUUCAAACUGCUACUUUUAUUUCUGUUUCAAAAGCCUGGCUGAGUGGACAGUACCAACACUGCCAGCUGGGGUAAUACUAUCCUGAUGUCUUACUCCUGCUGUGUUCUGUCAUAUCAACCCUCUUCCCCUAAGCUAGCAUCUAGCCUGGAACCAGGGCUGUUGGAAGCACUCUUUUAACUGGUGUGCUGUUUUGCAGCCAUGAAGAUUUAGGUGUGGGGCUUUGCUUUUUACUGGGGCUAAACUUAGUUUCUCAGAACAUAUUUAGCCAUGGGAUUUUGCCUUCUGGAAAAGGCUUCAAGUCCCUGGGCAGUGGCCUCUGCUCUCUUGGAUACAGUGCCUAGAGAAGACCUUUGACUUCCUGUGGAGUUUCUUGCUGAUGCAAGAAAGGGUCUGCCAGCAAAACCAGGCAUCCUUUAAAACUUCUAUUUUUGCAUAGUUUUUAAAUGAGUCAAUAAAACUCCAUUUUCAAAAA